AGGAACACGUGAUCUUUAUAUGUAGAUUGCUCGAGCCUCGUCCGUCCUAUCAGAGGAGGAGGGGAGAUCAGCUGAUCGUUACCUCCGCCGACCUCCUCUUCCACGGUCCGAUGCUCGAGCGAUGUAACUGUGUAGGGGGCGAUAGAGAGUGCGGCGGCGGUGGUGGUCAGAAUCGCCUGGUGUGAUCCCCUUUGUAGCCUCAUUUCGUACACUAUAAAAACCGCUCACGUUUGCUUACUAUAGCUCCAUAUCCCCUGCGAUCUUCCUUCGUCGCCCCCUUCCAAGGUAGCCGGCAAGGAUGACGGACUGAAUCGCACCGGAUCCCAUUCCCUGUGCCCUCCCCCGGAACAAGGGGCAGCCCCGGGCCAGUGCUCAGGCGGUCACGUGCUCCUCCCCGGCUGUGGUUCGCACUGUGUUUGUCCCUUGUGAUGCUCCGUAUAGGAGGCGUCGUACAGUGUUUUUGGCCAGGAGGAAGGCAGUGGAUUGGGGGCAGUUGUUGUGUGUGUACCGGGUGCCCCCCCUCCUGUAGACCCCGGUGCCGAUACAGCGGCGGCGGUGUUGUGUGUGUGAACCGGGCGCCGUGCUGUCAGCGGGCUGCCUGUGCAUGGGCCUGGCUAUAGGACGCACACUGGCCGGAGCGUCGUCCCUGUACUCUGGAUCCAGCAGCUGUGGCCCGUGUACUGACAUGUGUGUGAGCAUGGAGAGGAGCGGGACCCGCCACAUGGCUUGCUCUCCUGAGGGAAGCAUCAAGCUUAUGUGGCUGAAAAAUGACCGGACAUAAAACUCCACAUCCCUUAAAAAAUCAAAUUUCAAAAUGGUCUCGAGAGAGCGUGCCCCCAAAGAUCACUGCAGCUGCCCGCUGUCCUGUGACUGCUAGGCGCCGCAGAAACGGCCUUUCUCGCCCGAUAAAAAAACGGCGCCUUGGAGGGUUAUGGCUUCUAAAAAGUUGUAGUUUGCUGAACAUCGGACGUGUACCUCUAUUUAUGAUGCAGAGAAAACUCUUUCCGAUUUCAGCCUGUGGUAAAUUGCAGUCUGAGAAGCUCACAGCUAGAAAGACAAGCUAUAGACUUCUGGAUUUUAUCUGGAUGUGGUUUCAGAAAGGUUUUUGGAACUGCUGCAAGAAGACUCUGAGAGGCAGGAUUCGUAAAGUAGUCUCUUAUUUGAAGUUGCAACUUCAGAGACACAUAAAAGCUGGACGGAGGUCAUACGAUAUGAACAAUAACACUUCAGGAAUUUUAUAUGAGAUCCCACAAUGCACAACCAAAAACUGCCUACAAGAUGAUGCUGUCAAGCUGCAGUGUGUGGAAGCUCCAUUUGGAAAUGCUGCGUCCAGCGUCUCUCUGUUAAAAGACAGCCAGCUCCGCUCACCUGCUCAGUGGUGCGGCACGGACACCUUAACCAAGAAAACAAGUGAUGUUCCCAUUAUUAACAACCAGACAGAUGACGUGUGCGUAUUACUUACCGAAAAAGAAGUGUAUAUAUCAUGCCAGGAAGAGACAACUGCUCAUGGCGACAAGGACGAUGAACCCAUUCCCCUGAUUCCUGACAAAUUGCAAGAAUGUGCAAGUGAUACUUUUGGAUGUCAGGAAGAUGCUUCCAUGGAAAUAACAGAGAAUGGUGAUGAUCAAUGCUCCAUGGAUUUGGAUGAUAGUACAGACUCUGACAUAUUUUGUACCAAAUUGCUGGAUCACCCUUACUGUAAAAGUCCAAUGCAACAGUCCACUUCUGAAGGAUCGGAUAUACAGGGCCUACAGAACGGACAGAAAAUCCCCGGCAAUGUCCCAGACGAACAAGUUGCAGUCAGCAUUUGGGAUUUCCUAAAUGAAGUUGGAAAGAAAUACGGUAGUUUGAUUCCAGUGACUGAAAGAGACUUACUUAUUCGAUUGAAAGAGGUUUUUAACCAAGACUUUUCCUACAGGAUACCCUUCAUUAGAAAGGAAAUGGCAAAGUAUAGAGCCAAGAAUUGCAAAAAUACUGGUUAUGGUUUCCAGGUAUCCUACAAUAAACACACACUUUACUUGGAAGAUCUUGUUACUCUGGAUGAACAACAGUGGCUCAAUGACCAGGUCAUUAACAUGUAUGGUGACCUCAUAAUGGAUACUGCACCAGAUAAGAUUCACUUCUUUAACACAUUUUUUCAUAAACAACUUGUGACCAAAGGAUAUGAUGGAGUGAAACGAUGGACUAAAAAGGUGGACCUUUUUAAGAAGACAUUACUACUAAUUCCAAUUCAUUUACAAGUCCACUGGGCCCUUGUUGCUGUGAACAUCCCAAAUAAGACCAUUUCCUUCUAUGACUCCCAAGGCUUACAUUUAAAAUUUUGUACAGAGAACAUCCUCAAGUACCUUAUGACAGAAGCCAGGGAGAAGAAUCAUCCGGAAUUUCUUCAUGGUUGGCAGACUACUAUAAAAAAGUGCAUUCCACAACAGAAGAAUGACUUUGACUGUGGCGUGUUUAUGCUUCAGUACUGCAAGUGCCUCGCUCAAGAACAGCCUUUCAUGUUCUCCCAAGAAAACAUGCCUCGUAUCCGGAAGCAGAUAUACAAAGAACUCUGCGAAUGCAGGCUCAUGAAUUAAAGAAAAAAAAAUUAAAGCUGCUCUUUUGUGGCCCAUUGAAAACCUACAAUCUGUACUUGAAUUAUUUAAUACUUCCACAACUUUUAAGCAUAACUUCAGAAGGGUGGCUGGCCCUCCAUUGUUACCUCAGAUGCUCCUUUUUAUUUUGUUAAAUUCAUCGGAUUUGGACAUGAACUGGUUAGCUUGUGGGACAUCAUGAUAAGCUGCCAUGAAAUCUUUGUGGCUUCAUUUUGAUUCUGGUAUUUAUUAUUUAUUAUGUAAGCAUGCAAAUAUGCAAAAGCAUGCAGCAGUAAAACACGGACUGUAUAUUUGAUGCACCUUUGACUUGUAGAUAGAAGUGACAAAGAAAAUUUUAAUUUUGUUUAAAUAUAUGAAACAGGUACAUUUUUCCUGUAACUAUUAAAACUGUAUUUACGUUAAGAUGUUUUUCCAAUGGAAAAAUGAUUCAUUACAUAUUUUUUGACCAGG